AUGUCGUCCCUUGUCCGCGAUGGCCUUCCAAUGGUGGAAUGGUGUAGCCAGCUGUUGAGUUUGGAGACAUCACGGCUGCUGGAAGAAUGCUGCUACCAGGACUCAGUGGGCAGCGCCUGCAAGUUUGAGAUUACCGAGCUGAUAGACUCGAAAUGCUGUCGCACCGACACGGAAACCAGUGGAUUCUAUGGCUUUCUUCUGCCCCUGAGGUCUUUCUCCGUGAAUGGCGUUGUGAACUCAGUUGACCCCUGCGCUUCAUCAGAGUUCGGACGGCGCUGCCUUUUCGGCUACGACACCUUUCAAGUCCUUGGCGACAACGCCUUAGAGGAGAUGGAAGAGAUGGGCCUCGUGGGUACAGAGCAGGGGCGGAUGGUUUCAAUCUCCUUGCCCACCAGCCCCCCGCUGAUGCAUCCGGCACGCGUGAAUGACGAUGCUGAACAGGAUCCCGUCUUCUACCAUCGCCUUUUCCACACGUAUGCAGAGGCGACCCCGCAAGGUCUUUGGGAGCUUAACCACUAUCUGGAAAAUCGUCCGCGCUUUCGUGCUCUUCGGCGCGCUGGGCGUUCGUGCGUGCAGCCAGAGGCGGCUCGUGCGAGA